ACAGAAGAGGUAAUAAACACUCUGUGUGUUAGACAAUGUUGAAAAGGGCAAGGAUGAGGUUUAUCUUAACUCUCAGCUUGAAGUACAUUGGACUGGCUGACUGGCUAACCUUCUUAUAAACACCAAAUAUUAAGUAUCAUCUAAAAGUGAGGACGAAAGUUCUAAAUGAAAAGUAUAAGAAGUGGAAAGUAACUACAUCUACUCACAUUUCACAGGCAAAUAUUGUACUUUUUUACUCCAGUGCAUUUUAAAAUGUUACCUUUACCUGCUGUAACAAUACAGAGAUCUUCACACACUGAUGCAUCAAUAAUCAUAAUUCAGUAAUAUCAUAUACAGUAUUUAAUUCUGAAAUGGGUCAAUCCUCACGAUGAGUAAGGUUACUUUUGGUACUCUGAGUGUAUUUUAAUGCUAAUACUGUUGGAGAAGGUAAGAGGUGGACUAGCACUAGGACCCAGGAAAAGGGGCAGAGCUUAUAAAAGGGGAGGAGCUCACCUGUGCUCUCUUCCUGCUUUAAAGCACACCUAAGAGACAACAGCUGAGACUGGCAUUUGUUUGGUGUUUGAUCUGGUUCCAGUCACCUGCAUGUCACCUGACUGGAGGGUUCCAGUACAGCAAGGGGACCAGCUGGAAACCCCUCCAGGAUCCUCCAGUCUCCUUGAAACCUGGUUAGAAAACCCCAGUCGCGGUUACCGGGCGUGCGGUUGCCAGGAGAGACGCGCGAACAGUUCAGUGUACAGCUUUAAUAACGGCAGAGCGGCACGGGCUCUCCCCCGCCAUUUCCUUGUGCCGAGCCCUGGAAUGUCGAGUAGCGGCUCGGGCUCUUCCUCGCGGAAGGAGUUCGACGUGAAGCAGAUCCUCAGGAUCAGAUGGAGGUGGUUCGGUCACCCCGCGGUCCCUCCGCCUCACUCCCCGCCGCUAGGAGACUACUUCGCCGGGAGGAGAGCGGGCGGCAGCUCCGGAGACGGACCAUCAGUUAGCGGCUGUAGCAACUCGAAUUCAGCCGGCGUAAACCCCAGCGCGGGGGGUCACGGCGGUCUGGUGGCCAGCGGCAGCGCUGGGUCUAACCUGUGUAACGGCAGCGGCAGCAACAGAAAGUUUGCUGAUCCAGCGGGGAGUCGGGGCGGUCCGGGAGGAGCGGCAGUUGGAGCGACGGGGAGCUCCUGUCCCCGCUCCUUCAGCCAGCCGGAGUGCAGGAGCUCCGCCGCGGCACUGUCGUGGGUCUCCCCGCCGCCUCAUCGUCGCUCUCGCCCGGUGACGAGCAUGGAACCCCCCGGCGAGGCCCCGGUGCCCAAGCUGGUACCCGAGCCCUCUGCUCAUGUUGGGGCGGUGGAGGAGGAGGAGGAGGCGGCGGCGGCGGCACCGGCGGGCACCGAGGAGAACAACAACCACCCGGAAACUGACUCCAGCUCUUGCAGGACGUCCAACAGCAGUGCCACCCUGUCCUCAUGCAUGUCGAUGGAGCCUUGCGCUUGUCCAGAGGAAUGUAUGUUCACCGCUCUGUCCCAUGCCGACGUCACCUUCCGCAAGAUGGAGGGCUACCUGAGGAGCCGACAGCUGUGUGAUGUCAUACUGGUGGCUGGAGAGAGGCGGAUACCUGCCCACAGACUGGUCCUCUCAUCUGUGUCGGACUACUUUGCGGCCAUGUUCACCAGCGACGUGCGGGAGGCCAAGCAGGACGAGGUGAAAAUGGAGGGGGUAGACCCAGAUGCACUGUGGGUCCUGGUGCAGUACGCAUACACAGGCCGUCUUGAGUUGAGGGAGGACACCAUUGAGUCUCUGCUGUCAGCCUCUUGCCUGCUGCAGUUGUCGUCUGUGGUUCAGGCCUGCUGCUCCUUCCUCAUGAAGCAGCUCCACCCCUCCAACUGUCUGGGUAUCCGCUCUUACGCCGACGCUCAGGGCUGCCACGACCUGCAGAGGGCUGCUCACGCCUACACCAUGGAUCACUUUUUAGAGGUGGUGGCAGGUCAGGAGUUCCUGCUGCUCCCGGUGGAGGAGAUGGAGAGGCUGCUCACUUCUGACGACAUCAACGUGCCAGACGAGGAAACCGUGGUUACCUCUUUGCUAACGUGGGUCCGUCAUGACACCACUCGCCAGCGCCACCUGCCUUUGCUGCUGGCUCACAUCCGUCUGCCGCUGCUGCAGCCACAGUUCUUGGCAGAUUUAGAGUCCAACCCUCUGCUCCGGGACAGUGUGGAGUGCCAGCGGCUGCUAAUGGAGGGGAUGAAGUAUCACCUCUUGCCCCAGCGUCGGCCCCUGCUACAGAGCCCUCGUACACGUCCUCGCAAGGCCACCGUAGGGGCCAUGUUUGCUGUGGGUGGCAUGGACGCUACGAAAGGUGCUACCAGUAUCGAGCAGUACUGUCUGCGUCGGGACACGUGGAGGCAGGUAGCCACCAUGAGUGGACGGAGACUACAGUUUGGAGUCGCUGUCCUCGACAGCCGUCUCUACGUGGUGGGGGGCCGGGAUGGACUCAAGACCCUCAACACCGUGGAGUGUUACAACCCACACAGCAAAACCUGGAGUGUCAUGCCUCCCAUGUCCACGCACAGACAUGGCUUAGGUGUAGCUGUGCUAGAGGGGCCCAUGUACGCAGUAGGAGGACAUGACGGCUGGAGCUACCUCAGCACAGUGGAAAGGUGGGACCCCCAAGCUCGACAGUGGAGCUUUGUUGCAAGUAUGGCUACACCCAGAAGCACUGUGGGAGUAGCUGUACUCAACGGCAAGUUGUAUGCAGUAGGAGGUCGUGACGGCUCAUCCUGCCUGCGCUCGGUGGAGUGUUUCGACCCUCACACCAACAGGUGGAGUGGUUGUGCUCCAAUGGCUAAAAGACGUGGAGGUGUGGGUGUGGCCACGUGGCAUGGCUUUUUGUAUGCCAUCGGAGGUCACGAUGCUCCAGCCUCAUCCCUGGCAUCUCGGCUAAGUGACUGUGUGGAGAGGUAUGACCCUCAGACAGACGUGUGGACGGCAGUAGCCCCCAUGAGCAUCAGCAGAGAUGCUGUCGGUGUUUGUCUCCUUGGUGACCGUCUCUAUGCUGUGGGCGGUUAUGACGGUCAGGUGUAUCUCAAUACUGUGGAAGCUUAUGACCCUCAGACAAAUGAGUGGACACAGGUAGCACCUCUGUGUCUGGGCAGGGCAGGAGCGUGCGUAGUGGCCGUCAGACUGUGAAAACAUAAACACAAACAAUUGACGUUUGGUGGACUGUACCUGACGUGGCUCAGAGACCCUCUUCUUUUUCACUGACAUGGUCACUUGCACCGAGAGAUCCAUCUGCCUACACCAAGGGGGGGGGAAAACACUCUUAAGGUUUUACACUUGGGCAAAUUCUAAUUUUUUUACUCUCCUUAAAGACUGCCAGUUAAUGUUUAGGUCGAGGUUAGGGUUAAGUCAUGUGUCAGUUCUCUGAUAAAGUUUUCAUGUUCGAACAUCCUGAUAACUUCUGCCACUGACACUCACAAUGAAAAGGGAUCUGCAGUGUUUAUCUGAGCAUGACAGAACAGCUGUCUCACAGCUAUUUUUUCUUGCCUAUUAUUUUGUUCCUGUAGACAAGGUGGGAGACUCACGCACACACACACACACGCACACACACACACACACACACACACACACACACACACACACACACACACACACACACACACACACAUACACACACGCACACACACUCAUACACGCACAAACCUACAUGGUUGCUCUCAGCUUCUAUUUCUGAUGACAGAAAGGUGAGGGAGCCAGAGAGAGAUUGUCAAGGCGGUUGAGAUGCCUCAUCAUUUUACGCUCUCAAUUUUCCUAACAAUAUCUGAUAGAGUGUAUUGAUGCUAUUUUAAUAUAUUCCCUAUUAUUUUUAUGCUGCAGUUGGCAAGUCCUCUCCUCCUUUCUUUCCCCCUCUUACCCAUUGACAGAUAAAAGAAAGACUUUUGACGUAAUCAGCACAACCUUGUAAACAGCUUUACUGUAAGGAACCAUGAGCCUCUUUAUUCUUUUAAAUCAAAAACAUAUCAUUGUGCUUUGUGUAAUAUUUCUGUGUGUAUGUCUUCCAUGUUGCAUCAGCUCACAUCUGAAGCAUACAGUGUACUCUGAUAUGCAAUUUAUUGGAGCUUUUUUACACACUACACUGGCAAAUUAUCCAACUUAUUUAGUCUUUUUUUUAACAGUACUAAGCUCUGUAACUGGGUUUAUAGACUUGAGGAAUAAUGAAGACAGCACUGUGGCCGUUUGUUGAUCCCUGUAGGGAAAUUUUGUUUUCAAUUUCCUGCAGAGCAGAGGGUCAGCUAUUUACAGACUUGGUUUUAUACAGGGUCAGUCAAGCUUGUCUGUCUGCCAGCUACCUACUUUUUCUCCACCGUGGAUGUUUCUUCAGUGUGUGUGUGUGUGUGUGUGUGUGUGUGUCUGUGUGUCUGUGUGUGUGUGUGUGUGUGUGUGUGUGUGUGUGUGUGUGUGUCUGUGUGUACACAUGUGUUCGGGUGUUCAGAGAUUGCAAGGAGUAUAUUUUUAUCUCAAAUGAGAAUCUUCCCGCUUCCCCUCUCCACAUCUUCAAUUCCCUGCUGCUUUCUCUUCAUCCCCAUUUUCCCAUUUCAUCACCACACACACAUACACACAAGCAAGCACGCACAAAUACAUGCACCACUACAUUUUACAGCAGAAUUGGAUACCCAGACAAAAUGAACAACAUACGCUAUAAUGAGAGCAUGAAUUUAAUAACGUUGAUUCAGCCGGUGCAGACAUUUUGUUUGAUGUGGAGUUCAAAGCAUUAUUAGAUUUGACGCAGCUGCAGACAAAGCAUGAGACAUAAGCGGAAAAUGAAUCCCUGUGAAACGACCUCAUGUGUUCAUAUUUGUGGGUUUGUUUAACUAAGCUUACAUAACAAGAAACACCAAGAACACAGAGACUCUGACUGCAGGUUUAACAGGGAGACAUGUCACAGUCAUUUUAUGCUGUACCAGUAAUUGUGUUUGUCCCCCGAUGGGACAAACACAAUUACUUGUCGCGUUUUUGUUAACAUUUUUGGACCUUGCUGGGACCGGUAGCCUUAAUGGAGACCAAAGCCUGGUCCAAAUGAGGUUCUGGUUAAGGUUAGGGUUGGACUGUCUACAAUGAAUGGAAGUCAGUGCAAUGUCCUAGCAAAGAUAGCUGCACAGACUUGUGUGCCAGUGUGUCUGUGUGUGUGUGUGUGUGUGUGUGUGUGUGUUUGUAACCAGUGUACAGAAAGCUAACUCCUGACACUGAGAGGAAAAGCAGGCAUCCUGUCUGAACUGACAGAUCUAGAGCUAAUGUAGCCCCCAGGAUGCACUUCUCACACGCACACACACACACACACACACACACACACACACACACACACACACACAUGCACUUUCACCACACAGCUGAAAGCCAAGUGCCCCAGGAGUCAGCGAAGAUUGAAAAGCCUCCCAAAUUUGCCGGCAUGACAUCUAAAAAGCAUAGACGGGCAGGCAAGCAGUUCCCCACAGCCGAGCUGAUGUUUAUUCAAGCCUAAUGCACUGCUGCAUUAUUCUAUUUUCUUCCCCUUCAGACCUGCCCGCUGUUUAUUUAGAGAGUAAUUCUCUUAAGAUCUCAGCAGAAGAAGUGUGUCACCUCCACUGUGUAGAUGUUGUCAGAGAGUUUGAUUCCAGUCAGAGGUUGAAAAUAAAGACAGACAUUCCAAAUCAAGGUAUAUAUUCAAGUAUAUUAUGUACAUAAAUACAUGUAAAAUCUGUAUGCAGUCUUAUUGCAUUAUGCUGUAUAUUAUACAGUGCCCACUAAAUAUGUGUUAUUGUGUGUUCCUUUUUGUACCGUGAAUUCAGAUGAAGAAGAGGUGUAAUAAAGCGGGUUGGUGAGAAACGGUACAGCUGCUCACCUCCUCUUUUUGUACCAGAAUAUUUCACCUCCUCGUUUACAUUAUAAAUUAUGUAUGUACAAUAUAAGCUGCUGUAAUAUGCUGUUAUUGGUCUUUUAUACAUUAAAGUCAGGAUGUGAUUUAA